AUGGUCCGGCUACUCUCCGUUGCGCUUCUGGCGCUUGGCCUGGUCGGUGGCAUGGUCGCUGCCCAAGGGUCGCAACCAGAUGCGCUCAAACAGCUAGAGAACAAAGGGAUGCCGCAGCUAAUGGCACAGCUAGCCAAGUCAAAGACGUGUACCAACGCGACUAUGCGCAUUCGCAAAGAAUGGGGUGAUUUGCCGGGUGCAGAACGCAAAAGGUACAUAGCCGCGGUGCUUUGCUUGUCCCAGCGCCCGUCGCACUACUCCCCAUCGGUGUGCCCAGGCUGUAAAUCUCGAUAUGACGACUUUGUUGCCGUUCACAUGGAGUUCACUCCCACUAUCCAUAACACAGGAAACUUUUUGUCUUGGCACAGACACUACACCUAUGCUUUCGAGUCAGCUCUGAUCAAAGAGUGCGGCUACACUGGCGCGCAGCCGUACUGGGACUAUGGUCGCUGGGCGCAAGACCCCCUCAACAGCCCGAUCUUUGACGGCAGCGACACGAGCAUGUCUGGCAACGGCGAGAAUAUCACUCACAAGUCGACAGUGUCACCUCCUGGAGAUGGUGGUGGCUGCCUGAUGUCAGGUCCAUUCAAGAACAUGACCGUUUACCUGGGACCACUUGCGUCAACAGCGGACCCGAGACCAAAGGCAAACCCGCAGGUCAACGGGUAUGGAUCAAACCCGCGCUGCAUUCAGCGUGACAUUACAAACUACCUGUCAUCGCGGUAUGGGCGGACACAGGACAUUGUGAACCUCAUCACCAAGAACAAUGCAAUCGGGCCUUUUCAGACAGCAAUGCAAUCAACUUCUGGCGCGUUAGGUAUACACGCAGUUGGACACUUUGUCCACGGUAGUCAAGAUCCGGGAGGAGACUUUUAUAUCAGCCCGAAUGAUCCAGUGUUUUGGCUGCACCACUCUAUGAUUGACAGGGUCUGGACGAUCUGGCAGUCCCAAGACUUGUCGAACCGCCUCAUGACCAUCGCUGGCGGCACAUCAAUGUUUGGAGCCGGCACGCGCUUGCAAUCACUGGAUGAUCUGAUCGAUUUAGGAAACGUGGAGCCAACGGAUAAAAAGUGGAAGAUUAGAGAGCUUGUUAGUAUUGUUGAUGGGCCGCUUUGCUACAUGUAUCAAUGA